CUGUUGACUUGUUCACCAGAGCCAAAAUUGAGUCAAUCUUGGAUUGGCAUCACUCAAAUUUGCGGCGUGGUGCAGCAACCCUUGUAAUGCACACUGCAUUGGCUCCCUUCCUUGGUCUUACGACAAGUCAUGAGGCUGUGAAACAAGCAGAGAAGCUUGUGAUGCAGUCACUGGGGGUGAUCGAAUCAGUAUGGCUGAAAGGCGAUGCCAAGUUCUUGCUAGGUAGCCCCCAGCCAUCGAUUGCAGAUCUGAGCCUUGUCUGUGAGAUAAUGCAGUUGGAGAUCUUUGGCGAUGAGGUCCGUGACCGAUUCCUGGGAGCUCAUGAGAGGAUCCUUGUCUGGAUGGACAAGGUGAAGAAAGCCACGAGCCCUCAUUUUGAGGAAGCCCACGAGCUCCUUUUCCAAGUGAAGAAGGCACGCAUGGUGCAAGGCAGCAGCAGCAAGGCUUUUGAGCCGAGCACAAAGCUCAAAACAGCAUCAAAGCUCUGACGACCAAAGGCAGAAUAAGCGACAGACAGACAGACAGAUCGAUCUUGUGAUAUAAUAAAAUAAACGAGAACUAUUAUUAAUUACUGUUGGUAUUAAUUACACUUAUUCCAGAAGGCCACAAGUGCUUCGUUGCACUUAUUCCAGAAGGCCACGGUCGGGAACUACUUACUGUUCGUUCCAGCAUGCUAUAGUAAACAACUCUGCAACAACAACAUCCCCAAAAAAACAAGCAAACAACAAAAUUGGUAUCUAGUCUGUCUUGAAUCUGUGUGAAAUCCUCUCCAGGCCGUCCUUACACUCUUCCAUUGCCCUCUUCGACUUGUCUCCAAGGGUUGCACCAAACGCAGAUAUGCUUCCCUUCACUUGUGCUGAUACCUCGUUUGCCCUGGAAGCAGCACAAGCCCCAAACUCGGUACACCACUGCCUUGCAUCUGCAGCUUGCUGCUUUAGGAUUGCGAUGAAGGACCUCACAUGCUGCAUCACUCUCUCCACCGCACCCUGAGACCGCACCUCCAUCUCACCAGACAUUGUCUGGAGCUUCUCCAGCAGAGCUUCCGCCCGGUUGAUAGACUCGUCGACUGCGUGUUCUUUGCCAGCGUUAGCCCAUGUCACCCCAGCUGAGGCGUCAUCCUUCAGUUCUCCUUCGACAACAACUCUGAUUCCUUGACGCUCCCAUUGGUUCCGGGCCUCC